AUGAAUACUAUGAAUAACAAAAAAAGUACAAAUAAAAGUAAGGAAAAGGUGCCACCUCAGUCAUCCGAGUUCGAGUGUGACUCGGAGAUAGACGUGACAAGCGGCUCAGGUGAGAACCUGGAGUGCAGAGUGGUCAUCCACAAAAAUCCAGGACCGGCUUCAAAAACGCUGGUCUCACCAGUAUCUACUGUUGAAGAUCCGACGGAGGCUGGCGGGUCGGCCUUGGGUGCUGCGACUAGAUCGCAGGCCCUCGCAAUCUUUCAGACUGCCCUAGGCGGUGCGGGCAGACCCGUCACGUCGGGGGAUUUUAAAGAUCUUGCGAAGUACAAGCAAGAACUCAACGAAAAGGAGGAUCUCGAGCUGGAACUAAUGGCCGAAAGAGAAUUCACUGAAUCGAGGAUUGAGAGGCGAAAAGCGUCGGCCGCUUUUGCAGCCUCGCUGAGUAGCCUGAACAUCACGGAGGAGGAGGCGCGAAGGGUCGUCCUAAUGAGGCAAAUGGAGGACGCGGUGGACACGGCCAUCAAAGCCCUUAAGGAGAUUGGCGAUGCAAUCAUAGAGACCUCCAGGGAAUUCGGAGCUCUGACGGCAAACGAGGAGGUUCAGAGGCUGGAGCGCGAUAAUGCCAGCCUCCGAGAGGAGGUGACUCAUUUGAGGGCGGAGAUCGCCGCCAUCAAACAGAACCUCCUCAAGAGGAGACCGCAGCGCAUCGUUGAGGAUCCUUCCUCAGAUGAUGGCGGUGACAUCGAGAGAGUCCCACAGCCCCCUCGUAAGGUCAAGAGGCUGACUAGUCGGGGGGGGGGAGAGUCUCCUGUGGCCUCUCCUGUUCGGACGAGAGGACCGCCUGUUGCCCCAUCGGCAGGGCAGGAUACUGCCGCGGCUCCAUGCCCCCCACCCCCGGUUUCAGGGGACUGGAGGGAGGAGUUAGCGGCUAACAUCAUGAGGCAGGUGGGGGGCAUGCUGAGAGCGAAGCCCAAACCGGCUCCGCCACCGGCCGCCACUAAGACAGGCAAGGGGCAGAAAAAGCCCCAAUCCCAGCCUCAGCUGGCAAAACCGACGGCUCCGGCCCUUGCUUCAAGAGGCCCAGGAGGGGCCGCAGAGUGCCUCGGCGACGGGGCGCUAUCGUUUGUAGAGGUGGUGAAAAAAGGCAGGAGGAAGAAGGGGACAACAGCAGCCCCUACUGUCCCUUCACUUACCAAAAGGCAGCCCGGGGGGGGGGUCGCCGUCACAAACAAAGUGGCGGGGCCCUCUAAUAAAAAUGGGCUCCCUGCGGCGAACGUCAGGUCGGCGGGUUCCACCACUAAGAAGGCCCCAACGACUAAGACGCCUCCCCCCUCCAAACCUAAGGGGAAAAAGGAGAGGAAAGGGGGAAAAGUGAGGCCGGCUGCAGUUGUCCUCACUGUACCCCCAAAGAAGAUAAACGACCUCCCGUAUGCGGAGGUAAUGAAGGCUGCAAGGUCCAAGGUGGAUCUUGCGGCCUUGGAAAUUGACCACCUCCGCAUGCGGAGGGCGGUCACCGGGGGCAUCAUUCUUGAGCUCCCCGGCGAGGAAAGUGCCCCCAAGGCGGACAGACUGGCCGAGAAGCUGGUCGCCGCUCUUGGGGAAAGCGGAGUGAGAGUCUCCAGGCCGGUGCCCACGGCUGAGGUACGGGUAUCCGGCUUUGAUGACUCUAUCACUGCAGCGGAGGUAGCUGCAGCAAUUACUGUGGCGGGGGGAUGCGCCGCCGCUGACAUUCUUGUCAACGGGCUUAGACCAGGUGUGGGCGGGCUUCGCGGAGCGUGGGCCCGGGUCCCGAAAGCCGCCGCUCUCAAGGCGGCGAAAUCGGGAAGAUUAAGAGUUGGGUGGACGAUGGCCCGGGUUGAGCUUCUAGAGGCCCGCCCGAUGCAGUGCCAUCGCUGCCUAGAAGUGGGGCACGUGCGCAACAAGUGCCCCUCAGAGGUGGACCGUAGCGGCCUGUGCUAUCGCUGA